AUGAAAAUAGAUAAGCCAGUUAUUAAAAUUAGUCCUCAGUUAAAUAACAGUGAGCAAUCAAACCUUACUGAGAUUGAUUUGCUACAAUCAAAUCAAUCUAGUGUGAAUAAUUCUAAGAAUAAUCAGAGCUCACCCAUUGAAACUGAUGUACCUUAUUCUAUUAAUAUACUACCUUCGACGUCUGGAGUACAAAAAUUUGUUAAAAAUCAAGAACAAGUAAAUAAUGAAAGUAAAAAAGUUACUGAAGAUAUUGAAGUACUAGUUUCUGACACUGAAGACAUGGGAGCAUUACACACCUUUUUGCCAGUGACAGCUAGUGAAGAAAAUAAAAAAUUUUUGAAACAAAUUUACGCUGGCUUAUCUGCAGCGUAUCAAUAUCAGAAUAUGAAAAUGUCGAAGAUGAUAAAAAGCUUCAAGGUAAAUGGAGAAAAUAAGAAAGAAAUUUCUCCGAAUUCUCACAUUUAUUUCCCCAUUAAAUUGAUUGAAAGCAUUGAACAAAGUGCUGUAACAGAAACAGGUAUGAUUGAUUGGAAGAAAAUAUUGAAACUAGCUUUGAUGGAAAUAUAUGGAAAUAGCAUUGCAAAUUAUAGUGCUAUUGGCCGAAAUAAAAACUCACGUCCGCCAAUUGACCAUGACAUCUAUGAAGGAAUUUUUCUUUCUGAGCUUGAACUACAAUUCUUCCAAAAGGUCAUUUCUGCAGUUGAAAAAGAAGACAAAUGGCAUCACAAUUCAGAUAAUCAUUUAAGUUUGAUGAAUUCGGAAUCACAUAAUAGUUUUUUAAUACCUGGAGCUACAAAGAACAACAUUUUAUUUCCAAAGUCUACAAUUGCUUAUAUUGAGAAGCGAACAGAAAAGAGUGGGAAUUCGAAUUUAUCAGAUUGGAAGAAUUUAGUUAAAGAAGCAUUGAUACAGAUUUACGGCAGUAAUGUAGGUAAUUUUUGUGCCAAAGGCAACGUAGCAUCACGGACACCUAUUAAUUCUCAAUUAUUUGAUGCAUUAUAUACAUGGGCUAAUAGCCGUUCUGAAGAAUUAAUUACAGAAAAAGAGUUUAUUCAGCACAUAAAUAAAAUUGCAUCCAAUAAAAGGAAAAAUAAAAACUUUACAUUAGCCAGCAAAACAACUAUUACUACUGGCUCCAGCGUCCAAAAAUGCAGUUUAAAUCCUUCGUUGCCUGGAUCAAAACAGCUAUAUCCACCUAAAAUUGGAUCCAUGAACCGAGACUUUGGAGCUGCUUACAAUCAUGAUUCAGAUUCAACACCAUCAUCAACUGCUUCACCGUUGAUAUUUAACCAACAUGAUUCCUCGAGCAUUCAGUAG